AUGUCGAAGCAAUAUCUGACAACGCAUACCGUCGACAAUGCACACAUAACGGACAUUUUCGCCUUGGCUUCGACGCCAAAGGCGCUUCUCUCUGCCGGUGGCUCUUCUGCCAUCCAUGUUCACGACACCACAGACCCAGCGUUUCCCCUCAAGCAGAGCAUAUCAAACGCUCACAAGCUCGGCUGCCACCACCUCUGCACAUCGAGGAAUGGCCGGUACGCCGCCAGCGCAGGGUUCGGAGGUGAAGUCAAGAUUUGGGCGCUCAACCCAGACACUGGGGAAUGGAGCAACACGGGUGAGAUAACCGGUGCCUCUGUCCAGGCGGGCGAGGUCUGGGCGCUGGCGCUUAGCGAAGACGGCGGUUACCUGGCCAGCACUACCAAUGACGGCAGGAUCAACGUCUGGGAUGUUGUCGAUGAGGGUAAGCCCAAGAUUCGCGAAUACGAGACUGGCAGCUCAGGAUCAGGAAGCUUUGGCAUGUGCGUCGACCUUAGCAGAGACGGAAAGUUCACUGCCAGCGGUCAUCAAAACGGCGCCAUCUACAUCUUCGACAAUGAUACGGGACGCAUCCUUUACUCCCUCUCUGGACUGGCGAAGCCUGUUCGCGCUGUUGCCUUUUCGCCUGGAAAUACGAGACUAGCGGCUGCCGGUGAUGCUGGCAUCAUUGCCCUGUACGACAUGAAGCACGGAGAACACAUUGGCAACCUGACUGGCCACUCUUCCUGGAUCACAACCAUUGACUGGAGCGACACUGGCGAGUAUCUCCUAAGUGGAUCCAUGGAUGGCAAGGUCAAGGUAUGGUCCGUCGAGCGAAGUGACUGCGUGGCGACGCACAGCGAGACGGACAAGGCGCUCUGGGCAGUUCGCUGGCUGCCCAAGACUGGCCGUAGCGAGAUGUUUUGCACAGCCGGCGCCAACAGGAGUCUGACAUUUUACCGUGAGGCUACAGGCGGUUAG